UGCCUCAUUACGUCUACCAUGCUCUACCCCAUCGCAUUCCGUCGGCUCGAUUCCGUUGGGCAAAUUUUCUACGUCGGUCUGGUUCCUGUCAUCAAGAUUAUCGGCCGAAAUGUCAUCAGCGGGCUCAUCGGUGACCGCUACGAUAUGAAGGCGGAGACGGUGAUUUUCCACGUCGAGGUCUUCAGCGUCCUCUGCAUGUCUGUGGCGCUGCACGACUCGGCAAAGUUGACGACAACGCUAGCGGUGAUGGCGGUGGAUGUCGUCCAGUCGAAAGUGACGCUCAAUGAUAUUGACAAAAUGAUGAACCGUACUAACAUCGUUUUACUGGCGAAUGGACAU